UAUCCAGGGUCAACCCGUCAAAAUAUAUUGAAAAUGGAGAGAAGAGGAGUUCAAGAUUAGCCUGACCAACAUGGUGAAACCGCAUCUCUACUAAAAAUACAAAAAAGUAGCUCCCUCUCCCUCUCCCUCUCCCUCUCCCCACGGUCUCCCUCUCCCUCUCUUUCCACGGUCUCCCUCUGAUGCCGAGCUGAAGCUGGGCGGUACUGCUGCCAUCUCAGCUCACUGCAACCUCCCUGCCUGAUUCUCCUGCCUCAGCCUGCCAAGUGCCUGCGAUUGCAGGCGCGCGCCGCCACGCCUGACUGGUUUUCUUAUUUUUUUGGUGGAGACGGGGUUUCGCUGUGUCGGCGGGGCUGGUCUCCAGCUCCUAACCGCGAGUGAUCUGCCGGCCUCGGCCUCCCGAGGUGCCGGGAUUGCAGACAGAGUCUUGUUAACUCGGUGCUCAAUGGCGCCCAUGCUGGAGUGCAGUGGCGUGAUCUCGGCUCGCUACAACCACCUCCCAGCCACCUGCCUUGGCCUCCCAAAGUGCCGAGAUUACAGCCUCUGCCCAGCCGCCACCCCGUCUGGGAAGUGAGGAGCGUCUCUGCCUGGCCGCCCAUCAUCUGGGAUGUGAGGAGCCCCUCUGCCUGGCUGCCCAGUCUGGAAAGUGGGGAGCGUCUCUGCCCGGCCGCCAUCCCACCUGGGAAGUGAGGAGCGCCUCUUCCUGGCCGCCAUCACAUCCUGGAAGUGAGGAGCAUCUCUGCCCGGCCGCCCAUCGUCUGAGAUGUGGGGAGCACCUCUGCCCUGCCACCCCGUCUGGGAUGUGAGGAGCGUCUCUGCCCGGCCGCCCCGUCUGAGAAGUGAGGAGACCCUCUGCCUGGCAACUGCCCCGUCUGAGAAGUGAGGAGCCCCUCCGCCCGGCAGCCGCCCCGUCUGGGAAACCUGGUCCAGAACACUGCUUCAGGACAGGGAAUAGUGACAGGCCAGCAGAGCCCCAGAGGCGAGGUGGCAGUAAACAAGAAUAUGCACGCGCAGUGGACCACUUCUGAAGGUCAACAUAUAACUUUCUCAUCCCUGACAUCAACUGUCAUCCCUGUGAGCAGAACCAACUACCAAAGGAGAGAGGAGCCUGGAGGGAACACAGAGAGAUGCAAGCCUGGAGAAAAGGCCCCGAUGGCCCCCAGAAGACCUCUUCAGACAGCAUGUCCCGUUUAAUGGAUUCUGACAUGGAUUAUGAAAGGCCAAACGUAGAGACCAUCAAGUGCGUUGUGGUGGGGGACAACGCCGUGGGUAAGACCAGGCUCAUCUGUGCCCGCGCUUGCAAUGCCACCCUCACCCAGUACCAGCUGCUGGCCACGCAUGUGCCCACAGUAUGGGCCAUCGACCAAUAUCGUGUGUGCCAGGAGGUGCUGGAACGCUCCCGAGACGUGGUAGAUGAUGUCAGCGUCUCUCUGCGCCUCUGGGACACCUUUGGAGACCACCACAAAGACCGUCGCUUUGCUUAUGGGAGAUCUGAUGUGGUGGUUCUGUGCUUCUCCAUUGCCAACCCCAAUUCCCUCCACCAUGUCAAGACCAUGUGGUACCCAGAAAUCAAGCACUUCUGCCCCCGAGCACCUGUCAUCUUGGUGGGCUGCCAGUUGGACCUGCGCUACGCUGACCUGGAGGCUGUCAACAGGGCUAGGCGACCCUUGGCUAGGCCCAUCAAACCUAAUGAAAUCCUGCCCCCAGAGAAGGGUCGGGAGGUGGCCAAGGAGCUGGGCAUCCCCUACUAUGAGACCAGCGUGGUGGCCCAGUUCGGCAUCAAGGACGUCUUUGACAACGCCAUCCGAGCUGCACUCAUCUCCCGCCGCCACCUGCAGUUCUGGAAGUCCCACCUCCGCAAUGUGCAGCGGCCUCUGCUGCAGGCACCCUUCCUACCCCCCAAGCCACCGCCCCCCAUCAUCGUGGUGCCCGACCCUCCCUCCAGCAGCGAGGAGUGCCCCGCCCACCUCCUGGAGGACCCGCUCUGCGCGGACGUCAUCCUGGUGCUGCAGGAGCGGGUGCGCAUCUUUGCCCACAAGAUCUACCUCUCCACCUCUUCCUCCAAGUUCUAUGACCUGUUCCUCAUGGACCUGAGUGAGGGGGAGCUGGGGGGCCCCUCGGAGCCAGGGGGCACCCACCCAGAGGACCACCAGGGCCACUCUGAUCAACACCACCACCAUCACCACCACCACCACGGGCGAGACUUCCUGCUCCGAGCAGCCAGCUUUGACGUGUGUGAGAGCGUGGAUGAGGCUGGGGGCUCCGGCCCUGCUGGCCUCCGUGCUUCCACCAGCGACGGGAUCUUACGGGGCAACGGAACAGGGUACCUACCGGGCAGGGGUCGUGUGCUGUCUUCCUGGAGCCGAGCUUUUGUGAGCAUCCAGGAAGAGUUGGCAGAAGAUCCUCUCACCUACAAAUCCCGGCUGAUGGUGGUGGUGAAGAUGGACAAUUCCAUCCAGCCGGGGCCCUUCCGGGCUGUCCUCAAGUACCUGUACACGGGGGAGCUAGACGAGAACGAGCGUGACCUCAUGCACAUUGCCCACAUUGCUGAGCUGCUCGAGGUCUUCGAUCUGCGCAUGAUGGUGGCCAAUAUUCUCAACAAUGAGGCCUUCAUGAACCAGGAGAUCACCAAGGCCUUCCACGUCCGCCGGACCAACCGGGUUAAGGAGUGCUUGGCAAAAGGCACCUUCUCAGAUGUGACCUUCAUCCUGGAUGAUGGCACCAUCAGCGCCCACAAGCCCCUGCUGAUUUCCAGCUGUGACUGGAUGGCUGCCAUGUUUGGGGGGCCAUUUGUGGAGAGCUCCACCCGGGAGGUGGUGUUUCCCUACACAAGCAAGAGCUGCAUGCGGGCCGUGCUGGAAUACCUCUACACCGGCAUGUUCACCUCCAGCCCCGACCUGGAUGACAUGAAGCUCAUCAUUCUAGCCAACCGCCUCUGCCUGCCACACCUGGUUGCCCUCACAGAGCAGUACACAGUGACCGGGCUGAUGGAAGCGACCCAGAUGAUGGUGGACAUCGAUGGGGACGUCCUUGUGUUCCUGGAACUGGCUCAGUUCCACUGUGCGUACCAGCUGGCCGACUGGUGUCUCCACCACAUCUGCACCAACUACAACAACGUGUGCCGCAAGUUCCCCCGAGACAUGAAGGCCAUGUCCCCAGAAAACCAGGAGUAUUUCGAGAAGCAUCGGUGGCCACCUGUGUGGUACCUGAAGGAGGAAGAUCAUUACCAGCGGGCACGGAAGGAGCGUGAGAAGGAGGACUACCUCCACCUCAAGCGGCAGCCCAAGCGGCGUUGGCUCUUCUGGAACAGUCCAUCCUCCCCGUCUUCCUCGGCAGCCUCCUCCUCAUCCCCAUCUUCCUCCUCGGCUGUGGUCUGAGAUGCUGCCACCCUCUUCUGACCCUGCUGCUGUUGUCCUCAUCCGCCUUCAUCCCUCUGCUCUUCCGCAUCACCCCAUCCACCUUACAGGCACCAGGGGGCCCACGUAACCAGGACCCAGAGGGUGGAGCUCUUCUUACCAGCCACCGUGGCUCAGCCAGAGAGGAGCUGAGCCCUGUGGAGCAGAACGGGAACCACCUGCAGAGGUCCCCAGACCCAAAGCAGGACGGGAGACAACUGCUUGGAGGAGCGAAGAGCCCUGGCAUUUUAUCUCUGGGUUUGAGAGCCCUAGAGUCAAAGGGAAAGCCUCCCAGCCUCCAGGGCUUCUCUGUGUGUCUUGGUCGCUGCUCUGGCCAGGGAGGCAGCCCCACUCCCAGCAAGCAGAAGUGAUCCUCGAGGGUCCUGCCCCUGUUGGCCAUAUCUUUCCACCGAUGGACUUGAGUGUUGCAUUUUUUUGGUGGGCAUUUCCACACGAAGCCUACUCACACCCUCACUGGAGAAGUCAGGGUAGAAAUUGAGCCUUCAGAGCCCAACUCAAGGCUUCUACAUCCUGGGGUGCAGCUGCAAAAGGCCAGACGUGGAAAGGCCUGUAUCCCGCCAGUGUCCCUCCGUCCCAGGGGGCUGUGCUGGCACAGACCUGAGAAUGGGGACACAGGUCAUUCGGAGCUCCAGGCCUGGAAGCAGUGCCUCUUGGUGCAACAAGAAACUUCUCCCUCACCCCCUCCUUUACCCUCAGAUUUGGAGAUGGGAACCAAAGGAAGCAGCUGGGACAGGUGGAGAAGGAAGUAGGAAUGAGUGCGCGGCGACCCCGUGCUCCUCAGGGCCCUCCCCUGCCUCUGGGUGGCACUGCUUUUUAUAGGGUGGGGCAAAAUUAGCAAAAAACAAAAACCAACGACAACCAAACUGAAACCGAAACAAAAAAUCAACAAACACUCUGUCCUCUAUCCGUCCAAAGAAUGAAAAUCAGAAAAAGCCCCUGCCUAGCUCACAUUUCUAUAAACAGAGGCCCCCAUGAUGAGGAGGUGAAGAUUUAGGUUGCAGAAUCGACUCCAAUGCCUUUCAGGAAAGGACUCGGCACUUCUCUGACUGCGGAGGCCCUGACCCUGCCAGCUGGCUCCGAGCACAGGGGCCUGGCCUCUAGAGGGCUGGUGAUUGAGGGGCCCGGGCUGGCGGCAAAGAGGGGUUUGGUCUCGGGGCUCAAAUGGCAACAGACUCUUGCUUUUGCCCAUCUGGAGACUGCAGGCUCCCUUCCUUACCCUCAGAGGGUGCUUAUGGUGGGUGUUUUUGGGGGGCUGCAAUAGGGGCCAAAGGUCAGGGAAAGGGGCACUGACCUGCAGUGAAAGGCCACAGGACACAGCCUUAUUACUGCUGGGGUGGGAUAAGGGGAAGGAGAAGAGGGAGAAUGGAGCAGGAGGAAAAGCAGAGUUGAUCUAGAGAGGGGGAGGGCGGGGCUGGAGGAAUGUGGGGGAUUGAAACUAGCUCCCAGCCCCCAUGGGGCAAAAGCUGGGCCACAAUUACCCCUUUCCGUUUUCUAACCCCGACUCAGAUUUCACCACCCACACUCUUUUUAGGUGUAAAAGAUGGAGUCCCACGGAGGAGGGGCAGAGCCAGGAGGCAGUGGGGCUGUGGGCUCAGAGCUCAGGAGUCGCCUUACCUGAGAGAGAUGUUCUAGCUGAGAGGGCCUGGCCCUGGGGUGGGCUCCAGGAAAACGCUGGUUAGGCCUGGGAUUGAGCUAACCCGAAACAAAGGCAGCAGGCAGGACCUAAUGACCAGAGGUUAAAUCCUCAUCAAGAGAAACCAGGCGGCUGGAGGACAAGCGGCUCUAACCCUGGGGGCAGCCAUGUUGUCCAGGCCCAGGCCCCUCCAGGACUGUGGCUGCCUCCCCUCCACGGCCUCCAGGGCGGCUGGCUGGAAAGCCACGCAUAUGCUGCCCUCUACAGGCUGCUCGGCCUCCCUGCAGCUCAGCGCAGCCCAGGGCGCCAAGUGAGGCCCAGAAGCCCAUGGGCAGGGCGGGGGGGACGAAGGGGGAACCCGGAGCACCUCCACUUCUAGGGAAGAUGGACAGCGUGGGGGCACACCUGGGCCUCCCGGAAGCUGUGGACGAGAGGGAGAGCGGGUCCUCCAGGGCAAGGGGAACGGGAAAUAGGUCUCCUAGGUGCCUGAAGCGCUGAGCAACCUGGGUACCCUGGUGGGGAUGCAGGGAAGGCCGGGGCAGAGAAAGCGAAGGUCGGCCCAGGGCUGUAGGAAGCCAUAGGAGAGUGACCACGGGAUUCCCUGAGAAACACGGCCGGCCCCCCAACUUCAGGGACCCACCGCCCAUUCCCCGAGAGCUGUCGUGAACCAGAUGCAACCCGGCAGCCCAGAGAACUCUCCUGGGAGGCUGUGGGUGAGCCAGGCCAGCACUGGUGUCCCUGUCCCCAGAGGGAGGAGCAGGCAGGAGAGAGGGGGGAAGGAGGUAUGAAUCCCAGUCCCCAGGAACCUAGCUCUUUAAACUCUGGGGAGUCGGAUUCAGGAAACACCCCCAGGAGGCCAAGCCUGAAAACAGAGGGGAGGGAGGAAGGAAGGAGUCCCAGCAGGAGCACAGCCCUGGCUUCCUGUCACUCAGAGCUGAUUCACAGGAGGAGGGGAGGUUGGGGGGCGGGAGACAAAAACCACACCUCUUUUUAUAUAAGGUUUCAUAUUUAAUUUGGUCAUGGAUUCAUAAAUACAUAAGUAUUUUGUACACAA